AUGUAUCGGCAAAGAAUACUCUUCAGACAGUCAACUGACGACCCCAUCGAAGACUAUGAACUACUGACAGUUACAUUUGGAGUUAACUGUGCACCAUAUUUGGCAUUGAGGACCCUUCAAAAACUGGCAGAGGACAUAAAGGAUGUGUAUCCAAGAGCCGCAAAUAUAAUUUUAAAUAAUCUGUACGUGUAUGAUGUAUUAGCUGGUGGUCACACGGAAGAAGAAUCCAUCGAAGCUCGUAAGGAAUUAACUGCCGCUCUAGCCUCGGCUGGAUUUCAACUCAUGCAGAGGGCAUCAAACGACCACAAGAUUAUUGAAGAUAUUCCACAAGAAAAAUUACUACCUCUCAAUUGGUUAGACAUUUCGGAAGAUGCAUCCACAAAGACAUUGGGAAUUAGAUGGAAUAUUUUUGACGAAUUUUUCUCGUUCACACCGCCGGCAAUGGAAAAGCACAAUACCGCAACCAAACGAGAAGUCCUAUCAACAAUAGCCAAAUUAUUUGACCCUUGCGGUUGGCUAGCGCCAGUCCUGGUUGUAGCCAAGUUAAUAAUGCAACAAAUCUGGCAAGAUAAAAUAGGCUGGGAUGACCCGUUGAAGCCAAUGACCCAAAUUAACUGGAAUAAUUUUGUAAAAAACAGCAAAGAAAUCGAAUUUCUGAAGGUUCCAAGAUGGAUAAGAUUCACUGCAGAUGAUUCCGUAGAAAUACAUGAAUUUUGCGAUGCUUCGGAAAACGCAUACGGAGCUACAUUAUAUAUUCGAAUCGAAAACAAAGAUUCUAGCACUCAUGCAUUUCUAUUGACCGCCAAGACCCGAGUUACACCAAUCAAGAAACUGUCAAUUCCGCGUCUAGAAUUAUGCGGAGCUGUACUACUCUCCAAAUUAGGCGCAUCCAUUAUAAAAAACCUGCAAAUAACAUCAUACUCGACACACUUUUGGACGGAUUCAAAAAUCGUCCUUGCAUGGCUGAAAAAGCAUCCUUGCCAUUGGAAUGCCUUCGUGGGAAAUAGAAUUUCGGACAUUUCUGAGAAUGUUGGCCAAGAAAAUUUGAGACAUGUUGAUUCCGAAAGCAACCUAGCCGACAUUGCGAGUCGAGGAUGUGCACCUCUGGAUUUAAAGACUCAGGAACUCUGGAGGUAUGGACCCCAGUGGCUUAAAUUACCCAAGGCUAGGUGGCCAUCGUAUAAAGUUCAUGAGGACACGAGUUUAGAAGCAAAAACAGUAAAAGCCUUGACCCUAUUUCAAGAAAAGGAUGAUCCACUCAAAAAUUUCUCAUCUUUGUCCAGAGUAUAUCGGACCCAUGGGGAAAACAGGCAACAUUUGCGAAAAUCGUCGACAGAUCUUUCGGCACUAGAAGUUCAGGAUGGAAAAAGGGCUAACAUAAUUUGA